AUGAGCUACCAACUUGUUGUUAUGGAAAACCCUCUCCUGGACAUCCAGGUUAACAAUGCUGAGGAGCUUCUUCAAAAGUACGAGCUCAAGGCCAACGAUGCCAUCUUGGCUGACACCAAGCACAUGCCCAUCUACGAAGAGAUUGUUGAAAAGUACAAUGUCGUCUACGUUGCUGGUGGUGCUGCUCAAAACACUGCUCGUGGUGCUCAAUACCUUUUGCCUGCCAACUCGACUGUGUACUUUGGUUGCGUUUCCAAUGACAAGUAUGCCGAUACUCUCAAGGAUGCUGCUGCUGCUGAUGGCUUGCGUACCAUCUACCAAAUCAACGAGGAGGUUCCUACCGGUCUCUGUGCUGCAUUGAUCACUGGUCACAACCGUUCGCUUUGCACCAACCUUGCUGCUGCUGAAAAGUUCACUCUUGAGUUUAUUGAAAAGCCCGAGAACUGGUCGAUUGUUGAGAACGCAAAGUAUUACUUUGUUGGUGGUUUCUUCAUCACUCACGAUGGUGGCUACAACUCUGCUAUCAAGCUUUCCAAGUACGCUGCUGAGAACAACAAGCCUUUUGCUUUGAACUUGAGUGCUCCUUUCCUUGCCCAAUUCUUCAAGGAGCGUUUGGAUGCCGUUCUUAACAACGCUGAUAUCGUCUUUGGUAAUGAGACUGAGGCUCGUACUUACUCUGAAGUCGCUGGCUGGGGUACCACCGAUGUCAAGGAAAUUGCCAAGAAGCUUUCUCAAUUGCCCAAGGGCAACAACAACCCUCGCACUGUUGUCAUUACUCAGGGUGCUGAUGAGACCGUCGUUGCUACUGGUGAUAACGUGCAAGUCUUCCCUGUCCACAAGGUUGAGGAUAAGGAUAUUGUCGAUACCAACGGUGCUGGUGAUGCAUUCUGUGGUGGUUUCAUGGGCUUGUAUGCUCAAGGUAUUCAUGAUGUCGCUCGUUGUGUCAAGGCUGGUCACUAUCUUGCAAGUCUUUGCAUCAAGCAAGUUGGCCCUACUUUCCCCAAGGUUGGCGAGCGUGAACCUCUCCCCGAGUUCUAA